UUCUCUUUACAUGUGUGUACUCAUAUGGAUUUAUCAUUAUAAAAGUCUUUUAAGUAGUGUGUAAUCAUGAUUAAUGCAAAGGACAUCUACAGUCCUCCAAGCCCAAGAAGGUAUGAAAGUUGUAGUAUGGAGAUGGAGGAGAUUCAAACUGAUGAGUGCAAGUUUCCAAGAAUGAGCAACAAGGAGGAUGAGCAGUACCAAAAAUAUGAUGUAGAUGAUGUAGGAGAAGUCAAAAAGAGUAGUGGACUUGGUGGGAUUGUAAAAUUUUAUGGUCGGCCUUCAUCAAGAAUUGUUAGAGUUUCUCGUGCAUCUGGAGGGAAAGAUAGGCAUAGUAAAGUAUUGACUUCAAAGGGGUUAAGAGAUAGACGUGUUCGUCUUUCUGUCAAUACUGCUAUACAGUUCUAUGAUUUGCAAGACCGUCUAGGCUGUGAUCAGCCCAGCAAGGCUGUCGAAUGGCUGCUAAAAGCGGCCGCUCCUUCUAUUGCUGAGCUUCCACCUCUUGAGGCAUUUCCAGAUACACUGCAGCUCAGUGAUGAGAAAAGGUCAAGUGAGCCGGGUUUUGAUUCAGCUGAUGUGGAAAUGGAUGAUGAUCUUAAUUACAAUCAGCAGCAACAACCUUGUUGUAGCAAUUCUGAGACUAGUAAAGGUUCUGGUUUGUCACUUUCCAGAUCUGAUAGUCGGCUCAAGGCACGGGAGCGAGCAAAGGAAAGGGCCACAGAGAAAGAAAAGGAAAAAGAAAACAAGUCUUGUAUUGUUGCUCAACACCACCAAAACAUGCACCCUAGCUCGUCUUUCACUGAGCUAUUGACCGGUGGUAUGAGCGAUAACAACAACAGCAACACAAGUCCUAAUGGCAACAUUCACCAGAACACACCAAGGCAAUGGUCUACAAAUCCGUUGGAGUAUUUUACCUCAGGAUUAUUAGGCCCAUCAGCUACUCGUGGAAUAGACAACUCUAGUGGCCAAAUUUACUUGGGAAAUCCUCUACAGCCAUUAAGACCAGUGUCUUCACCAAUGUUUAGUAUUACGGGUGAGCAUCGACCGGAGCUGCAGCAUUUCCCAUUUGGCGGUGACAACCUAGUCCCGGGCGUUACCUCCAGUAAUACUAAUACUAAUAACGAGUACAAUUUGAACUUCAGCAUUUCUUCAACAUCUGGUUUCAAUAGGGGGACCCUUCAGUCCAAUUCUUCCUCUACUUUGCCUCAUUACCAGAGGUUUUCUCCCACAGACGGAUCAUAUCUUGUUCCCACAACUGAAUAUGAUGCUCGUUUACAUCUCUUCUAUGGAAAUGGGUAUGACCACGGCCACGGACAUUCAGAUCAGAAAGGAAAAGGAAAGAAUUAAACUAACAUCAACUUCCAUGGCAAUUGAAGAUGGAAGCAGCCUCUGGAGUCCCAAAAGGAAGCUAAUGAUUUCCUCUGCAACAAGCUUAUAUAUUAUAUGCUUCUUAAUUCCUCAUUCUGCGUUAUUCAUUUCGAGUACUAUCUUAUUUCUAUGGGAGAAAUCCCUUUGUUUGCUUCUUCUGGCCCGACUUCAGUUGGCGCACAGGUUCGAAACUCAGCAAGUUUGAGUGUGUUUUUGUGACAUCUCAUUUGUAUUGAAGAAUUUGCCCUCAUAUGAAUUUUAUGAUUCUGCACUAACCAUUGCUUGAGGAGGACAUUAUGUUAGAUGGAUUUUACCAAACUUGAAAUGCCCCCGCAUUUAGUUGUGGCAUAUUCAGA